UCCUUGCAUGGUAACCACGAAGUUUCAAGAGGACGCGGUAAUGAUGUAGUUUAUGCAGUAGAAUGGCUUUCCUAGCUCUUUGUUGGCUUUCGAAACCCAUUUCGGGUAUCGGACGUGCACUGCAAUGGUUUUCCGACAUGUAAAUGGUUUGGUUUAAGCAUUUACAAAGACUUCACAAAUGAACAGUCCGGACGAUAAGAUGCUCUCGGUGCUAAGCCGUGGCUAUGGCACUUGGGACGGCAUAGCUAAAGGAGAACCUGUAGAAAUAGAUAAUGACAUAUUCUCCAUCGAUGAUCUACGGCUACCUCCCAUCGCCAAUGCUUAUCAAACAAUAGAACGCUCCAACCUAAACUACAAAAAGACCUUUGACACCAAACCUUUUCAACUUCCAAAUGUAAAAACAAAAGAAUCAGGUUGUCACUCUAUGCCUAAGACUUAUACGACCAGGAAAGGUGCAUUACUUCUAUAUGCCGAGGACUACUUUCUCCCUGGUUCACCUAAAGCUAAAAAGAGAAGAAGAAAAAUCAAGCGACAAUCUUCUGUUAAACUCAAAACACUGACAGACUUGAGGGAUUUUAUACUCAAUUAUAAGAGAAAUGGGGGAGAUCCAUUAUUUUUAGCAUUACUUCAAAAACGAAUCAACAGCUCUUACGACAACAAUGUUCGUCCUGGGUACUCCCCUAAGCGCUACAUCGCAACCCUUGGACGUUCCAUGCGGGAAGAAUCAUGGAAUAAACUGGCAUCGUCUGGAUCCUUCAAAGACCCUGCCCUCCAGACGUACAAUCCGUUCCUACCGUCCAUCCACAAAGAUGGCUCCGUGUGUGAGCUAUUCCCUAACAAACCUCAACCCUAUAGUACUAUGUCUUUACCUCCUAUAUCACCGUCUAGUUCUAUGCUUGGUAGUACGUUUAAUUUCUAUAAUAAUGGGAUGUCGACUGGAGCAGCUUCCUUGAUAUCAAUGAACAGUGAAGAAUAUGCUCCUUCGUCUAGAGCGAUUAGUCCAGCUGAAUCACUAAACGAGAGAUUAUCAGAGGUUGAACCAGUCAGGCCAAAACAAGACCGCAGAUACGCGCUACUUGAUUCCAAGCAGAAAGAAGAUCUGCUGUCACAAAUGCUUGUGAAAAGGACCCUGGAAACCAUGGACUCGGAUCUACAAAACUGGCCCUCAAGUUUUAGCAAAGAAGACACUUAUGCAACUGAAAAAGAGCCGAGUAUUUCUGCUAUCAAUACGAGUAAAAAGAAAUCCAGUAAAGGCAGUUUGAAAUCUUCCUCACUAACAUCAAUAUCCCGGCUUCCACCCAUACAGUCUGCUGGAGCUCGUCCAUCCACACCCGAAGAACUCUAUGCUCAAGAUUCUUACGCAACGAAUGACGAAAGCGGGUUGAGGAACCAAUCAGAAUCCAAGGUCGGACGUGAAAGUGAGGCAGGUUCAGAAGCACGUGAUAGUGAGCGUUUUUCUGUAAUUAGUGAUCAGGAAGAGUCACGUGAUGUGGCUGAUUUGAGUAACGUAGAAGUGAACCUGUCAGAUGAAAGUAGCCAAUGGGGAGACGCGCUCGCUCAAGUGAUUGAUGUCAAUGUGGAGUCGGAAGACAGCCAAGACGAGGAAGAUAAGAAAGUCAUGGAAUUAGUUAGAAGUCUUCAUGGUUCUAUUGACGAAGACCAAGAAGAAGUUGACAUGAAACUACAUGAAGACGUUGACAAGAGAUCAGAGGAUAGCGUCGAUCUUAACGAUGUGCAAAUUGUUAGUGAACUAGAAGAAAAGAUGCUUCCUGAAAACCAAGAGCAAGGCGGAGAGAAAGGAGGGGUUCAGAAUGAGAAGCGGGCAGAAGCAGAAGGCGAGGCGCAGGCAAUAAAAAAGGAGUUAAGUCAACCAUCUGAAGGGAGCCUUUCGAUACCGCAAAGAGAUGAAGCAACUGGCCAAGACAGUGAGAAAUUGAACGAGAACGUUGAUCAGGAAGAAGGGUCAAGGGGAAGCAAAGUUGAUGCUGGAUCAGUCCACUCCAGAAGUACCACCUCCCUGUCUAUCAUUGAAGACCAAGGACCGUCACCUGAACCACCUCCACCAAUCACCUUCGAGCAACUUCAUGACGAGGCUCGUGCCGUUGCGUCACGUAUUCUUAGUCGACCCCAGUCUGGCGCGGUGUUUAUGGAAGACGCACGUGCUGCGUUGGCGAUGUGGGCCGACAGAUUAUCUACGCUGUUAGAUCCCCCAGGAAAAGAUGUGCGAACAAGCUCAGCUUACAACAGGAAGAAUAUCCAACCCAUUACGAAUGGUGCAGGUCUUCAAGGUGUUGCUGGACGUAAAAGGAAAAGCAGUUAUUCUGCUGGACCGUCGCUUGCCGCUCUAAGGCAGGCUCUCAUGAUAUCAGGAGGUGAACUACCUGGUAUCGAGUCCUUGAAGAAUCUACCACCGAUCCGUGUACCUCACUCAUCGAAGCCUGCAAGCAAACACAGUAGCGGUAUAUCUGUUGGACGUGAGUCCUAUCACGAGUCUUUAAAAGACGAAGAGACGAGGUCACUCAGGGCUGGAGGAUCUUCUACUCACGCACCAUCAGUUCUAACAGAAAGAAUUUCCAACUCGGAUCUGCAGAUGGAGAUGUUCAAUCUGCUAUCAAGUGAUGAACUGGAUUACCACAUGGACCGAGCCCCAACAGCACAAGGAGACGAAUCAGAUGACGAGCAGUUCCGUGCAGCUCUCCAAGCUGUUGUGACCGACUUAAGAGACAAUGUCAGGUCUGAUAGUAGUAAAAAGACUUUCAAAGUCAAACCUGACACGGUUUCUAAGGAAGGGAAAAAGAAGGUAAAGUCACCGCCAUUUCAGGUCAAGAGACCUGCCGAGGAGAAAGCUCCCCCUGGGUUGCAAAAUAAACAAGCUGUAGAGACGAGAGGGAAAGGAAAGGCAGCUAAGAAACCAGCAGGUAAAAAGGACAGCAAAAAGCCAGCCAAGAAAGGAGCGAAGACAACGAAAACUGCGCCAAAAGAAAGCAAGGAGGAGGAUUUGAAAGAUGAAGUAAAACAAGAAGAAAAGCCAAAAGACAAGUCUCCUGAUCUGAAGUCCGUUGGAGAGGAAGCAACGGAGAGAACUGAGCUUGUGGCCGAUAAAUCACCUGAAACUAGUAUACGAGCUUCCUCAGAAACAAGUAAACGUUUGGAAGACUUUUCCAUUGCUUCUCCUACAUCAGACUACGAGUCGAGAGCGGCUUCCUCGAAGAGGUCAGAUUCUAGCGUUGGCAAGGAAAGCAAGUCACCUAGUGUUUAUAGUGUUCGUAGCACCUCCACAACAGCCGUUUUUGAGCAACCUAGACUUGUUCCAAAGCCCCCUGAACCUAAACCAGUGCCCGAGGUAGAUGAAGAAAAAGCGAGGAAGGAACAAGAAGCACGUGAAGCUGAACUCUCAAAGAAGAGAGAAAAGGAAGCUCGAGCGGCAAAAAGAGCAGAAGAAAGAGCAGCCGCGGCUGAAAGACGACGACAGGAAGUCGAACGAAAAAGGCGGGAAAAAGAAGAGGCUAAACGGAAGCAGAUAGAAGAGGAAGCACGAUUAGAAAGGCUGAGACAGGAAGCGGAAGAGGAAAUGCAAAGAAGAGAACUAGAAAUGAAGAAAAAGCGGGAUGAAAAGGAAGCGGAAAAAAGAAGAAAAGAGGAAGAGGAGCUGAGAAAGGAACGAGAAGAACGCACAAAACUUGAAAGAGAGAAAAGAAUGCGGGAAGAAUUUGAACGCAAGAAACAAGAAGUUAUAGCACAAAGAAAGCUAGAGGAAGAGAUAAGAAAAGAGCAAGAAAAAAUGGAAGCAGAGCUAGCAGAAGCCGCCCGCAGAGAAGAAGAAGAACGACUGCAAGCGAUGGAAGAAUCAGAAAGAAUUGCCUUCCAAGAAAAAAUGAGACGAGAAGAAGAAGAACUUAGAAAACGACUAGAAGCAGAGAAAAGAAUAAUGGAAGAACAACGCAGGAUUCAAGAGGAACAAAGACGAAUGCGUGAAGAAGCGAUAGCUCUAUUAAGACAGAAAAGAUUACAAAGACAAUUAUUUAUUACUGGUGUCAUACGUGAAGGCUUAUACCUUAGUCUAAGUCAGAGACUUUCAAGGGCUUUUACGUUCUCAUACUUUGACAAUUUACCUUGGUCGUUUCUAAAUAAUCUGCGAGCUCUUUCGCCUUUGAAGGACCAGAUUGUGGAACUGAAGAAAACUAUACCACCGACUAUCUACGAAAUAGACGAAGGAGAUGAAGAAGAAAAUUAAGAAAAAUCUAGCUUUCUAUUCAAAUGAAAAUGUCAAAUCAAAAACUAGUGUGUGUAUAAAAUUGAAGCGAAUCGCAUUGGUUCGAGACUGCAUGUAUGAAGUACAAGCAAAAAGUACGUAAUUGCAAUUCUUCCGUUUCCCCCGGAGAUAGAUUGAUAGAGGUGGUUACGGGUAAAGCCGGCUUACAGGGAUCUAGCAAUGUGUAUGGGGCCAGCAACCCCAUCACAUAUUACUUAUUGCAACGGAAACUAAGAUACGGACACACGAUGCAACAUUGCACUCAACGUUGCGAGCCAUGACACACGACGCAAUUUGUUGCACGCAACGUUGCUGAAGUAGAAAACCAUCCUAUUUCAGCAACCUUGCCUGCAAUGUUGCGCGCAAUGUUGCACCGUGUGUCCGUGCCGGCUUAACACAAAGGAUAACCAUAAGAAGUCAUUUGUGUCAGCCCUACGUGCCACACAGACAUAGAGGAUAAUGAUGAAUAGAUUGGUAGAGUAUUCAGUUGAAUUCCUAUUUAAUUUCUGAGGCAUUUAUACAUUAACAACUUAUGAUUCCAUUUGACAGAAAUGAGUGAGAAGGUAGGGCACUUAGCUUAUUUGUCGCAUGCGUACAGCAGUCAUAUAGCACUUAUGCAGGUCACCUGAACAUUGAGUGUUUUGUUUCUUUUUUGUUUGGCUUUCAUUUUAAAGAUGCUUGAAUACAUAAAAAUAUCAAUGUUUUUGCUCAUAAUUGCCACUCCAGUAUUUUAACCCUUGUAUGGUUCUCCUCCUCCUGUCUACACAAACGCGUACCGUUCCCGUGCGACAAACUAGUGUUCAUGCUUCCACUCAAAUUCUGUCAAGAGCAAGAAAAACUGCCGACAGUUAUGGGCAGGGCAGCAGAGUUUAUAUACCGAUAAGCUAUCAGGCGAAUUUUAAUUUUAUUUAGAGAUAUAUAUUAUCUAGUUUAUCCCAAGAGGGAGCUCAAUAGAAAUUGUAAGUGUUUUUAAAAGGUUGAAAUUAUAGAACUAUUUUACAUGUAAACCCCUGAAUUUCUCUGGCUAUUAUAAAUUUCGAAAUAUGACGCGAGCGCUGAUUGACUGACUACCGUUUUAUAUAAGGGGAUAGGCACACACUCGCGCAAAAUCGUUCAAAAAUAUUUGAUAAAAGCAAUAUAUGAAACA